AUAUGUUCAUUAUUCAGAGAGAGCGCGUGCCCAUGGGUCCGUAUACACGUACAAACUCAUACGUGGCGAAGGGUUACCUGCCUCAGACCCUGCCCCAGAAUUAUCCACUGCAGAACCGUCUACCCGAGAAAUAUCGGCCUCAAAACUAUCAACCUCAGAACAAUGCACGACAGGACUUUCAACGUCCGAGCUAUACACCGCAGAACAUCAUACCCCGGAGCUAUCGACCUCAGCCCUACCAACCUCAGCCCUACCAACCUCAGAACUAUCAACCUCAGAACUAUCAACCUCAGAACUAUCAACCGAAGAACUUUACACCGCAGUACUUUCCACAGCAGAACCUCGCACAGCAGAACUGCCCAGCGCAGAACAACAUUCUCCAGAACUUUCCACCCCCGAGCUAUCCACCGCAGAUAAAUCCACCUCAGAAACGGAAGCUUACACCCCAGACACCUUGUCAGGAACCUUCUGGCAAGUUUCCAGGAUCUGCCGGUAGGUGUGACGGUCUAAAAAGGAGCUUAAUAGAAGACAAGUUUGUUUCUGACUCGUAGUCAAGCAAUUAUCAACUGGGAUCCUCCAUCAGGAUGUUGAAGCCUUCCUCGAGACUAAUGGGAAUAUCCCCUUGCAGCAGAACAUAAUUGAUAAAAGCUCCUAUAUCCAA